AUGGAGAAACAACGUGGAAGCCUCCCGGAUUGGGCAAACCUCUCUGUGAUCCACCGCAACACAAUGCCUCCCCGAUCGAACUUCGUGAUCUGUCAGACUGAAGAAGAUGCACUUUCUCGAGAGGUCUCCAAGGCUUCGGCCCAUUGCUUGUCUGGAAAGUGGCGAUUUCAUCUUUCCAAUACUCCGCUUGAAGCACCGACAGGUUUCGAAGACGUCAACUUCGACACCUCGAGAUGGAGCCAGAUCACCGUACCAGGCAUGUGGCAGUUACAAGGCUUUGGCAAGGGACCGCACUACACUAAUGUGCAAUAUCCAUUCCCAGUCGACCCACCGUAUCCGCCAUUCACGAACAACGAGUGCGGCUCGUACGUAACUCACUUUGACGUCCCAGGACAGCUCCAAGACCAGCAGCUGCGGUUACGCUUUGGGGGUGUUGACUCUGCGUUCCAUGUAUGGGUUAAUGGGCGAGAGGUCGGCUAUAGCCAAGGUUCUCGCAAUCCAUCCGAGUUCGAUAUUACAGACUUCGUGGAGAAGAAAGGGUGCAAUGUGUUGGCUGUGCGCGUCUAUCAGUUCUGUGAUGGAUCGUACAUCGAAGAUCAAGAUCAAUGGUGGCUGAGUGGUAUAUUCCGGGAAGUCUUCCUCCUUGCAUUUCCAAAGACGGCGCGGAUCGAAGAUUUUGCAGUCCAGACCGUGUUCGACGAGCACUACAAGGGCGCCACGUUGAAAACACAAGUCACACUCUCGGCAUCCGCCGAAGUAACCUUGCGUUUGCUGGACGCGGACCACAAGGAAGUUGCAAAGGCUGUGGAGAGUGUGCGUGACCAUAAGAAUGUUGUCCACUUCUCCAUAUCGAUAGCGGAGCCGAGGAAGUGGACAGCAGAAACCCCGUAUCUUUACCACUUGGUUUUGUCCAUUGGAGAUGACCAGUUCGUCACACGCCGCAUUGGCUUCCGACAAGUAGAGAUCAAGGAUGGGCUGUUGAAGGUAAACGGCCAGCGCAUCCUUCUCAAGGGAGCUAACAGACACGAACACCAUCCGCAAUACGGCCGGACUAUACCAUAUGAAUUUAUGCGACAGGAUUUACUGCUCAUGAAGCAGCACAACAUUAAUGCCAUACGGACAUGUCAUCAGCCGAAUGACUCACGAAUGUAUGAUCUGGCAGAUGAGCUGGGUUUCUGGGUGAUGGACGAGGCGGACCUGGAGUGCCAUGGCUUUGAGCUAAUGGAAGAAAUGAACCUUUCCGACGAGCUGAAGCGACUGCCGUAUCCGCUUCGCCACCGAUAUACAAUGGCACUGGCUGCGAGGUGGACCAGCGAUAAUCCAGACUGGAAAGAAGCCUACGUCGAUCGAGCUCGGCAGCUUGUGCAAAGAGACAAAGUCCAUCCUUGCGUGAUUAUGUGGAGCUUAGGAAAUGAGGCCUUUUAUGGACAGAAUCACACGGCGAUGUAUGACUACAUCAAGAGCGUUGACGUUACAAGACCGGUACAUUACGAGCAAGACUUUGACGCAGAGUACAUGGACAUUUACUCGCGAAUGUACCCUUCUGUGGAUGCGAUUGUGCAUUUGGCGGAGAACGAUUGCAAGAUUCACAAAAAGCCUUUGGUCCUCUGCGAGUUCAUCCACGCAAUGGGCACUGGACCGGGCGCCAUCCAAGAGUACGUCGACUGCUUCUACCAGUACCCCCAAUUGCAAGGCGGCUUUGUCUGGGAAUGGGCAAAUCAUGGUAUCCUUACCAAGACAGCGGACGGACUGCCGUACUAUGCGUUUGGCGGAGACUUUGGUGAUGUGCCUAAUGACGGCAACUUUGUUAUGGACGGAGUGCUAAAAUCCGAUCAUACACCAAGGAGUGCUCUAAUCGAGUACAUGAAGUCGCUAGAGCCAGUGCAUAUCAUUGCUGCGGAUAAGGCGAAGGCAACAAUCAGAAACGCCUUGGACUUUGCGACGCUCGACCACCUGAAGUGCGUGUGGUCCGUAGUGAACGAGAACGGAGUUCAGCGACAUACCGAUACCGGGGAGAUUGCCAUGCCGGAGAACACGAGGCCGGGCGGUACUGCAGAGUUGUCUCUUCCCAGGCUCGAGGACAACCUGUCUGGCGAAGCCUUUCUGACGAUGAGCUUUCAGCUAAAGUCCGAUACUCAGUGGGCAAAGGCCGGGUAUGAGCUAGCAUGGGCACAAGUGCCACUGACCACGCGAUCCGCUAUCUCCAAGCCUAAGCUAGCGACUUUUCCGACGUUAAAGGUGCAGGCGACUGAUACAAGGCUGGAAGUUGCCUGCGGCUCAAACGUAUGGGAGAUUGACGUACCGCUUGGUGCGCUUGUGUCUUGGAAGAAGGCGGGCAAGGAAUUGCUCGCCCAGCCGCUGCUCCCAAGCUUUUACCGUGCUCCUACUGAUAACGACGCGCCUGCGCACGUGACGGACUGGAAGUACAGGUUUCUGCAUCUCGCAUACGUACAAACGCGGAGAGUCGAGAGGCGCAAGGGAAGCGAUGAAAUCGUUGUAGAUAUCGAACAGCGGUUCGCACCGCCAGUGCUGUCAUGGUCGUUGGAUUUGCAGACACAGUAUGCCUUUCAACGCGACGGCUCGGUGAAGAUAGCAAUCAAGGGCAAACCGAAUGGCAUGAGCUUGCCUAAGACUCUACCACGCGUCGGCAUAACCAUGGGUCUAGCGAGCACGUUUCAGCAGGUCGAGUGGUUUGGUCGGGGGCCCGGAGAAAGCUACAAGGACAUGAAGAUCUCACAAAAGGUCGGCGUGCACUCCGUAAAAAGCGUUGACCAACUCUGGACAGGACCAGAGUUCCCGCAGGAAUGCUCCAAUCGGACAGAUACGCGGUGGGUAAAGUUCUCGGAUGGCACGACAGAGAUGACGGCGCAAAUGUUUGACAUCGCAGAUGCGCAAAAAAGGAGUCUUUUCGACUUCAUGGCGAGCCAUUACGACGUGAAGGAUAUUGAUGAAGCGAGGCAUCCGUAUGAGCUGGAGAAGAAGAAGCAGGACAUUGUGUUACUGAGGCUAGACGCUGAUCAUCACGGCCUUGGUACUGGAUCUUGUGGGCCACCAACAUUGCCCAAAUAUGCUUUGAACACGGCGCCGUUCGAGUUCGGCGUCUUGCUGCAGUAA